AUGGAGAUGAUGAAGGAGAAGUUCGCGAAAUUGCUUCUAGGUGAGGAUAUGUCUGGCGGAGGAAAAGGUGUUUCGUCAGCUUUGGCUUUGUCAAAUGCCAUUACAAAUUUAGCAGCUUCUGUUUUCGGGGAACAAUCAAGGUUAGAACCUAUGCCACCAGAACGACAAGCAAGGUGGCGAAGGGAAAUGGAUUGGCUAUUAUCUGUAACCGAUCACAUCGUUGAAUUUGUGGCAUCAAAACAAAACACAAACGGCGUAAACAUGGAGGUAAUGGUUACAAGGCAACGAAGCGACCUCCACAUGAACAUUCCUGCAUUAAGGAAGCUUGACGCGAUGCUCAUUGAAUGCCUAGAUAACUUCAAAGGAGAUCAUGAGUUUACUUAUGCAUCUAAAAAUGACAAUGAAGCAAAAAGUAUGAAAAAGAGGGAAGAGGAUAAAUGGUGGUUACCAACUCCAAAGGUUCCCCCGGAUGGUUUAUCUGACGCUACAAGGAAAUGGUUGCAGUUUCAAAAAGACUCAGUUCACCAAGUGCUUAAAGCAGCCUUGGCCAUUAACGCCCAGAUUCUAAUGGAGAUGGAGGUUCCAGAAAGCUAUACUGAAACCCUUCCAAAGAAUGGACGUGCAAGCUUGGGAGACUAUAUCUAUAAAAGUAUAACCGUUGAGCACUUUGAUCCUGAGAACUUCCUUUUAUCCAUGGAUUUGACAACAGAUCAUAAAAUAGUUGACCUCAAGAGUAGAAUCGAGGCAUCUGUGGUAAUAUGGAAAAGGAAGGUGUCUGCUAAAGAUGGACGGUCUGGAUGGAGUUCAGGUGUCAGUUUGGAAAAGAGAGAACAAUUUGGAGAUAGAGCAGAGACAAUCUUACUAAUACUUAAACAGCGCUACCCUGGCAUUCCUCAAACUACUCUAGAAAUCAGCAAAAUUGAACACAAUAGAGAUGUUGGACAUGCUAUUCUUGAGAGCUAUUCAAGAAUACUAGAGAGCUUGGCUCACAAAGUAUUAUCACGUAUAGAAGAUGUACAACAUGCAGAUGUUCUUACACAAAGUCCAUCUUCGCGGAGUUUGAAGAUGAACUCUCUUAAAGAUUCAGUUAGGUUAUCAACAUCAGGUAAAUUCCCAAUCUUAAUAGUAAGCAAAUAUUUGUAG